GCCUUUAUAGCGGGCGCGGGAGCCGCGCUCCCCGCACUCGGGCGCAGCCGGGUGGACCUCAAGCAGGUGCAAACAGCUCCCGAAGCACCAUGUCUGCAGCCUGGAUUCCGGUGCUCUGCCUCGGCGCCUGUAUGCUGCUGCUGCUACCGGAGCCCGCGGGCAGCGAGGGAGCCGUCCCCAUCGCUAUCACAUGCUUCACCAGAGGCCUGGACAUUAGGAAAGAGAAAGCAGAUGUCCUCUGCCCCGGCGACUGCCCUCUGGAGGAAUUCUCCGUUUUUGGGAACAUCGUGUAUGCCUCCGUGUCAAGCAUAUGUGGGGCUGCUGUCCACAGGGGAGUGAUUGGCAGCUCAGGGGGGCCUGUGCGAGUCUAUAGCCUACCUGGUCGGGAAAACUAUUCCUCAGUAGAUGCUAAUGGCGUCCAGUCCCAGACACUUUCCAGAUGGUCUGCUUCUUUCACAGUGACUAAAGGCAAAAGUGGUACCCAGGAAGCCACAGGGCAAGCAGUGUCAACAGCACGUCCACCAACAGGUAAACGACUAAAGAAAACACCUAUUAAGAAAACUGGUAAUAAAGACUGUAAAGCAGACAUUGCAUUUCUGAUCGAUGGGAGCUUUAAUAUUGGGCAGCGCCGAUUUAAUUUACAGAAGAAUUUUGUUGGCAAAGUGGCUCUAAUGUUGGGAAUUGGAACAGAAGGACCACACGUGGGCCUUGUUCAAGCCAGUGAACAUCCCAAAAUAGAAUUUUACUUGAAAAACUUUACAUCGGCCAAAGAUGUUUUGUUUGCCAUAAAGGAAGUAGGUUUCAGAGGAGGUAAUUCCAAUACAGGAAAAGCCUUGAAGCAUACUGCUCAGAAAUUCUUCACAGCAGACACUGGAGUGAGAAAAGGGAUCCCCAAAGUGGUGGUGGUGUUCAUUGAUGGCUGGCCUUCUGAUGACAUCGAGGAAGCAGGCAUUGUGGCCAGAGAGUUUGGUGUUAAUGUAUUUAUCGUUUCUGUGGCCAAGCCUAUCCCUGAAGAACUGGGGAUGGUUCAGGAUGUUGCAUUUGUUGACAAGGCUGUCUGUCGAAAUAAUGGCUUCUUCUCUUACCACAUGCCCAACUGGUUUGGCACCACAAAAUAUGUAAAGCCUCUGGUACAGAAGCUCUGUUCUCAUGAGCAGAUGAUGUGCAGCAAGACCUGUUAUAACUCAGUGAACAUUGCCUUUUUAAUUGAUGGCUCCAGCAGUGUUGGAGAUAAUAAUUUCCAACUCAUGCUUGAAUUUGUUUCCAACAUAGCGAAGACUUUUGAAAUCUCAGACAUCGGCGCCAAGAUAGCUGCUGUACAGUUCACCUACGAUCAACACACAGAAUUCAGUUUCACUGACUACAACACCAAAGAGAAUGUCCUAGCUGUUAUCAGAAACAUCCGCUAUAUGAGUGGUGGAACAGCUACUGGUGAUGCCAUUUCCUUUACUGUUAGAAAUGUAUUUGGUCCCAUAAGGGACAGUCCCAACAAGAACUUCCUGGUGAUUGUCACGGAUGGACAGUCCUAUGAUGAUGUUCGAGGCCCUGCUGCAGCUGCACACGAUGCAGGUAUCACCAUCUUCUCUGUUGGUGUGGCGUGGGCACCUCUGGAUGACCUGAAAGAUAUGGCCUCUAAACCAAAGGAAUCUCAUGCAUUCUUCACAAGAGAGUUCACAGGAUUAGAACCAAUUGUUUCUGAUGUCAUUAGAGGCAUUUGUAGAGAUUUCUUAGAAUCCCAGCAAUGAUAUUCUGGCACUAAAAGAAAAAGUGCAAGGGGAUCUAAUGUUUAAAUUGUAUUCUCAUAAUACUGAAAUACUAUAGCAUACUAGGAUCAGAUAUAAACCUAUUAUAUUAAAUACAUCAACACCCAUUUUAAGCAAAUAAGUAUUCAUUUAAAGCUACUACCUUCUGAUUACAGUUUAGACUUUAAUUAUACAAAACACUCUGUUGAGGCUUUGUAAUCACAGCCCUUAGAAACUCAGGAAAGAGAUGUUGUGGAUUAAAAUCUUAAAAGAGUUCUAACAUGCCUAUUACAUGUAGAGAAAUGCAAAUUCCAUAGUACAAUAAAAGAAUCUGAUACUUAGACCAAAAGCAACAUUCCUUAUUUAAUCAAUCUGAAUUGCCUAUAUAAGGAAAAUGAAAAGAGAAAUUUAAAUAGAAGUUUUUUUUUUUUAAAUAUAGUUCAAGUAUAAAUAUUUUGGCCCAAGUAGAUGUUUUCUUAAAACCAACAACAGAAGCUGUUAUUUCAUAUACUAAAAAGUUAUAAUUAUGGGUAAUAUGGAAUCAUGUAUCAAGCUUCUUUUGUAGUGUGUUCCUAAGAAGACUGAAAAUAUCACACUGAACACGAUAGCAGGAGUGCCUGAUUUUUUAUAUUUACAUCCCUAAUUUUAUAUGUGUAUAGAUAUAUUGAACUUAUACUCUAAGUCAUCCAAAUACUACAAAAAUGUUAAGUUGGUAAAAUUUUAACUUACUACUUAUACACAUUUAAAG